AUGUCCAUUCUCAUCCGUGCUCCAGCUCUGCGUCAGCAAAUCCUCCGCUCUCGCCUCACUGCUCCAUCGCGGGGUGCCCACGGAGAGUACAAACACAUCCCUUUCAAACAUGACAACAAACCUGCGUUCGCUGUCAAGGUCGCUGUUUUCUUAUCCCUGGGCUUCUCAGUCCCAUUCCUGGCGUCCUUUUACCAGCUGCGCAUAGCCCCUCAAUCUACUCCGAGCUUCUGGUUCCCCUAA